AUGGGGGACCAGCCGCCUGACCCCGAGUACCCCUCCCGCCAGCCCUGGAGCCGGCAGGGUUCCCAGGGCUCGGAGCAGCUGCGCAGCGGGGAGCUCUCGCAGCCCCAGGCCCUGUCGGAGGAGGCGCGGCAGAUGCUGCUGUCCGAGGCGCGGGCCAGCCAGGACAGCCGCUCCAGCCUCCCCCGGCACAGCCUCCGCUGGUCCCAGGGCGCCGGGCUGCCCCUAAACGAGAACCUGCCCAUGAUGGCCCCGGACGCCCGGGCGACCAGCCUGGAGUACCCCACGGGGCUGGGCUUCCCCCCGGAGUUCCAGGCCCAGGGCUACAUGAACGAGGGCAGGGUCUCGGCCGGCGAGCACACCACCCAGCUGCUGCUGCAGCAGCUCCAGCAGGGCUCCGGCGGCCUCUUCCAGCAGUUCGAGUCCCCCUACCAGGACCCCCGGGCCAACCUGGGCCAGUUCAGCUUCUACCCGAGGGAAGAGCAGUUCGGCGAGGACACCCCGCACGGGCCCUACCUCAGGGAUGACCCUGCCCUGCCCUUCCUGCCCUCGGACCUGGGCUUCGUGCCUUUCCACGGGGAGAUGCCCGAGCCUCACCCCCGGGAGCUGGCCGUGCAGAACGCCAAGGCCUACUUGCUGCAGACGAGCGUGGGCUGCGAACUCAGCCUGUAUGAACACCUGGUGAACCUGCUGACCAAGAUCCUGAACCAGCGGCCCGAGGACCCCUUGUCCAUCCUGGAGUUUCUGAACCGCACCACGCAGAGCGAGUGGUUCCACCCCAAGGUGGACACGCUGCAGGACGACCCCGAGAUGCAGCCCACCUUCGAGAUGGCGGAGAAGCAGAAGUCGCUGUUCUCGCGCGGCGGCGGCGGGGAGGGCGAGCAGGAGAUGGAGGAGGAGGUGACGGAGACGGUGGUGCCCAACAUCAUGGAGGCGGCCUUCUACUUCCAGCAGGCGGGCGUGGGCCUGAGCGCCGACGAGAGCUUCCGCAUCUUCCUGGCCAUGAAGCAGCUGGCCGAGCAGCAGCCGGUGCACACGUGCCGCUUCUGGGGCAAGGUGCUGGGGCUGAGCCGCAGCUACGUGGUGGCCGAGGUGGAGUUCCGGGAGGGCGAGGAGGAGGCCGAGGAGGAGGAGGCCGAGGAGCUGCUGGAGGGCGGCGACGUGCUGGAGCCGCACAGCGAGGAGGAGGCCGAGGAGGACGAGGAGAAGGCGGCCGCCGCGCCGCCGCAGCCCACCUGGCGGCCGCCGCCCGCCACGCCGCGCGAGGAGAGCCGCACGGGCGCCAACAAGUACCUGUACUUCGUGUGCAGCGAGCCGGGCCGCCCGUGGGCGCGCCUGCCGCACGUGACGCCGGCGCAGAUCGUGCAGGCGCGCAAGAUCAAGAAGUUCUUCACGGGCCACCUGGACGCGCCCGUGCUCAGCUACCCGCCCUUCCCGGGCAACGAGGCCAACUACCUGCGCGCGCAGAUCGCGCGCAUCUCGGCCGCCACGCACAUCAGCCCGCUCGGCUUCUACCAGUUCGGGGAGGAGGAGGGCGACGAGGAGGAGGAGGGCGGCGCGGGGCGCGACUCGUUCGAGGAGAACCCGGACUUCGAGGGCAUCCCCGUGCUGGAGCUGGUGGACUCCAUGGCCAACUGGGUGCACCACGCGCAGCACAUCCUGCCGCAGGUGGGCGCCGGCCAGACCCCCCGGAGGGAGCGCAUAGGGGCUUCCGAGCGAGCCUUCCAGAAUCUUUGCUCGGGUUUCGCUUGGGCCGUCUUCCUCAUCGGCCUGCGGCUGGCUCAGGAGAAGGCCCUGAAGCGGCAGCUGGAGGAGGAGCAGAAGCUGAAGCCCGGGGGCGUGGGCGCCUCCGCCCCAUCUUCCACCUCCUCGUCAUCCUCUUCGUCCUCCUCCUCCUCGUCCUCGUCCUCCUCCUCUCCGUCCUCCUCCUCCUCGGCCCGGCCGGGCCCUCCCCCGGCGGAAGAAGCCAUAGAUUUCCGGGACGAGGGGCCCGAGUGCGAGACCCCCGGCAUCUUCAUCAGCGUGGAUGGGGACUCGGGGCUGAGUGAGGCCGCGCUGCUGGACUCCAGCCUCGAGGGGCCCCUGCCCAAGGAGGCGGCGGCCAGCGGGAAGGAGGAGCGGAGCCCCCAGGCCCUCGCCCCUGCAGCCGACGAGGCCGUGAAGACCAUCAGCCCUGCCGCCGAGGAAGCGGGGGAGCCCGAGGCCAAGGGGCACAGCUGA